AUGGGGGUGCAAUUGUCCCUUGCUGCCCAUACAGCCCCUUCCAUUGCAAUCUCAUCAUAUAUCGAUGUGUUGGAUGAAGUUCACUAUCUUUCGCAGCUCAACUCAUCGCGAUUUUUGAAAACAUGCAAGGCUGUAGACCCUAAUGGCGAAAUAGUGAUCAAAGUAUUCCUAAAGCCCAGCGAUGAUUACGAGUUAGCAACAAUUCAAAAGAAGUUGCAACGAGAAGCUCUGGUUUUGGCACAGCUACCAAACACUUUGAAUUAUAGCAAGAUUGUUGAAUCUGACAGAGCUGGUUAUCUGAUUAGACAACAUUUGAAAUCUAGUGCCUAUGAUCGACUGAGUACAAGACCCUUUUUAGAACCCAUUGAGCUCAAGUUUAUUGUAUUCCAGUUUCUGCGAGCCCUAGAUGACAUUCACUCUCAUGGGAUAUGCCACGGUGACCUAAAAUUGGAAAAUUUGUUGCUAACCAGCUGGAACUGGCUUGUACUAGCAGAUUUUUCAAACCACCUGAAACCUACAUAUCUACCUGAAGACAAUCCGGGCGAGUAUGCUUUUUAUUUUGACACUUCGCAAAGACGAAGCUGCUACAUCGCCCCAGAGAGGUUUGACUCAGUCAAGUAUAAAGAUGAACAGAAACACGAGCUAACAUGCGAAAUGGAUCUUUUCAGUGCCGGUUGUUGUAUUGCCGAAAUUUUCACAGAGGGAUAUUGUAUUUUCAAUCUUUCUCAAUUGUUCAGAUAUCAGAAUGGAGAAUAUGACCCACGGGAGUUUCUGGACAACCAUCUGGAUGAUGGAGAUAUCAAAGAUUUAAUAAUGGGCCUGAUAAAACGAAAUCCUGCUGAAAGAAUCAGUGUCAAAGAUACCUUACAAAAGUUUCGGGGAAACUUUUUUCCCGAACAUUUCUAUACCUUCUACUACGACUACUUUAGGGUGCUAUCUUCCACGGACGAACCGACGCCGAUGACAGACAAGAUUUUCAGUAGCGUGCAACUAUGCGAUCUAUCCUUCAAGAUAGACGAACAAGUGGAGAGGAUUUACAGAGACUUUCCUAAGAUUUGCUCAUCUUUGGGCUAUCCGCUGAAAAAAGUAGCUGAGCCUGCCCAGAAAAUGGGGGAGAAGCAUCACCUACAAUUAAGCCUGCCUAAUGUGGGUAAAAUUGAGCUCCAGCCCUACAGCACAAAAAAUCCUUCUGUUGCGGAUCAAUCUUCUCUACUAUUAUUGUCCAUCCUCUUGCCUGCUUUAAGGGCUAUAAAGUCUAACAUUGUUAAGUUACGAUGCAUAGAACUUGUCCUUGCAUUUUCUCAAUACGUUUCAGAUAACAAUAAACUUGAUCGGAUAAUUCCCUUUAUUGUUUGGAUGUUUUUCGACGAUUGCCCUGGCGUUCAAGCACUUUCGGUCCACGCCCUAUCUCAGCUUCUAACACUAACGACUAAGAUUAAUCGAAUCAAUGAGUCCUUGUUCACUGACUACUUAUUACCGCGGCUCAAAAAGCUUACGCAGGUAACUAAACACAAUGAGUAUGUCAGAAUGGCUCUAGCAGAGGAAUUGGGCGAAAUAGCUGAAUCAGCUAACAGGUUCCAUGAAUAUUCUUUCUCUAUUAACAAAGAUGAAUACUCAAACAAUGAGUAUAUGGAUGUUAUACGCAAGCAGAAACGUAAACUAAUUCAUAACUUUGAGGAAAUCACCGUCGCGUUGUUAACAGACAAUCAAGCUAGUGUGAAGAUUGCAUUACUAUCCAACAUCCUUCCACUUUGUACUCUUUUUGGUAGGGAGAAGGCCAAUGAUGUGGUUCUCAGCCAUUUAAUCACCUAUCUGAAUGAUAAGAACGCUUCACUAAGGAUUAGCCUAAUGAAAUCGAUCACAGGUAUUGCCAUUCUUCUAGGUCCAAUAACCUUAGAACAGUACAUCCUGCCUUUACUUAUUCAAACCAUCACAGAUUCUGAAGAGCUAGUCGUAGUGAUGGUACUCAAGAGCCUGAAAACUCUUUGCUCAAUUGGACUUGUGCAUAAAAAGUUUUUCUUCGACAUUUCUAACAUUGUUUCAGCUCUAUUGCUUCAUCCUAACGUUUGGAUUAGAAGAUUUGCUCUAUCUCAGCUAGUUGAGAUCUCCGAUAAGCUCUCACGGGCUGAAGUUUACUGCCUACUUUAUCCAAUUAUCAAACCUUAUUUCGAGUUUGACGUCCAGCUAACUUUAGAGUCUAUGAUAUCCAGUUGCAAAAAGCCCUUAACGAGAACGGUUUAUAACCUGAUUUGCACUUGGUCUCUUCGAUCAAGUAGUAGUCUCUUUUGGAAGCAGAUCCCAAGCAAACAAAAGGAUUCAUUUGGUAACACUAGUGCAGUUUUCAUCAAUAAAGAUUUCACGGCCAAGAAUUACGGCCUUGCGAGCGGUUAUAAGCUAUCUGAAGCCUCGAUCAUACUAGCAGACAAUCGUGAGAUUAUGGUUACAAAUGAGGAUAAAGGCUGGUUGGAGAAGAUAAAAGCGGUUGGGCUAAAGAACAAUGAUAUUUGGAAAAUCACGUCAAUGAGAUCUUAUGUGUUUCGCGUUGCAAAAAUGAUUGCUCGCAAGCCGGAUGCUAUCAUUUCAAACAAUCCACUUCAUGAAGCUUUGUCGCCAAAAAAAAAAGGAUCUCUGUCAUACAGCAGAUCACCAAGAAACGUCUUCUUUGAUAUUUUAUUUCUUAAUAACGGAGCUCAGCUAAAGGAAAGCUCCCAUAUGAUUGUGAAAAACAAGGGAAAUCCACAACAAUCUUACAGAAGUAACUUUCACAAACUUGCUCUCAACAGCUCAGUCGAUCUCACAAAAUCCAUUCAAAUGAACGCAAAAGCUUCUGCGACAUUGACGUCAAAUUUGGAUAAUGUUUACGUCCAGUUGGAAGGCUCAAAAUUCAAGCCCCAAAUUAUAAGAGAGUCAACAACCAAAGAAAGCUCUAUGUCUCCUUCGGUUUACACUGUAAAGAACAGUUACGAAGGACAUGAUAAAAACAUACAUUGCUUCCUUCGGAGCUUGGAUGUAAAGCCGUCAUUCAGAAGUUUUCCCGAAUUCAGCCACUUCUCCAGUGUGAGGAGCAAUGUUACGCCCAAAGCAACGACCGCGGCUUAUUCACGACUUCAAUUUUUGUUUCAAGUCACUGAGGGGAAAUCGUCAACAAUAAAUGUACUAGCCGCAAGCCCACACGAUUCUUACGUCCUUAGUGGCUCAGAGGAAGGCUAUGUUAAGCUCUGGAAUAUACCUAAAGUCUUAGCGGGAGAAACACAUGGGCCCUCGUUGAUCUUAGAUACAGGAUCUUCUGUUGUUGACAUAAAACCUAUACAAGGCUUUGAUUUAUUCGCGGUAGCCAGUAGAGGCGGUACUGUUCUUGUUGUCAAAGUGAACACCGAAGAAAUGAAAGGGGUCAGAAUUUUCACGAGCUUGCAAGUCAUCAGAAAGUUGAAAUUACGGUCCACAGAGUAUCCCAUUCAACUUUCCCUGAUUCCCUCUGAUGAUGAUCCUCUCAUUGUUGUGUUAACUAACACCUCGGCAGUUUUGAUCGUGGAUCCUCGUUUCAUGUCUAUUGUCAGAAGAGUCGAAAAUGAUCCCCUCCAUGGGGCUGUUCUUUGUUUUGCUGUAGGUCCGGAUAAGGCUUCGAUUAUUAUGGGCUCUUCUAGAGGUGUGAUUGAUGUUUGGGAUUCGAGAUUUGGGAAUUUGAUACAAAGCUGGACUUUUUCGGAUGGCUUACCUAUCACUAGCAUCGUUCCGUAUUCGCCCCUUGGCAAGCGGGAAGAGAGAUGCGUGCUGGUGGUCGGGGGCUCAGCGUCGACCUAUUUCACACUGUGGGAUUAUUCAAGACGUCAAUGUAAACAGAUUGUGUUGCAAACCGAUAUGAUUCCGCCAAUUGGAGAUUACAUUGCAAACACCAUUAAGUGUGACAAAUUAAAAACUUCAUUUGAACAAUUUGCCUGCAGUCCAAUUGGCUCAAUGGUUGUUCAAGGUCAGAACGUUUUGGUCUCAGCACUAGAAGGUAACAGCAUCAUGUGUUUUAAUCCCAAAGAGAAAACUGGUACCCAACUGGCAACUGGAAAUGCUGUCAAGGACACAAAAUUUAAGCCCAUUCAAUUGACAGCCAGUACUACAGUACUAAUCAAGCAGAGGACUUCCUCCAGAACAGAACAAACUAAAAGCGAAUCUAAUUUGCAUAAUGCCACUGUUAGUUCUAUUGCCAUUGUGAAAGUCAAAGCCAAUCACAUUGUCAUUUCCGCUGAUCGCUCUGGUGUAAUCAAUAUUUACAAGUAA